UAUUUAUUUUCUUCUCGUUCAUAUUUUUAUUUUAAUGGUCACCAGUUAUAGCCAUAAUAUAUAUGUUUUUUUCAAACAAAAGUAUAUGUUAUUGAUCAAUAGUAUUAAGGUAUUUGUCAAAAUCACUAAUACUCAUUUUAUAAUUUCUAUAUAAUUUUUAAAAUAUAGUGUUUUUUUUUUAAUCAUUCGAAUUUAUUCAUGAGUGUGAUUUCAUAAACUUAAAAAUAUUUUAUAUUAAAAUACAAAAAUAUAAAUUCGAAGAUGAUUGACAAUACAGUCCCCAUUCUUUAGGCUUUUAAGCCCAUAGAAACUAAGGCCCAAAUAUUCUUUUCCCGCGUAAAGGCAAAUGAAAACCUAAAACUAUCUUCCCUCAGAAGUUUCGAAACCUCCACUCAUCCCGCCGGGGAAAGAAAAUGACCGUCGCCGCCGAAGAACCUUCUCACCAGAAACCUCUCACCGAUAACGACAUCAUCCGCUUAGCCCAGUACCACCACUGCCAAACCAGCCUCUCCCUCCCUCCCUACCUCCUCUCCCCGACCUCCCACGAUCCUCUCCUCGCCUACCUCAAAUCCCGCUCCUCUCUACCUUCCCCGUCGAAGCCUGUCUCCGAGUACGCGAUCGCUCUCCUCUCUCUAAUCUCUCUAUCCCCGACGACUCCGUCACUCUCCUCCCUCCUCGCAUCUCUUCUCAUCGCCUACACACAGAUCUUCCCCAAAAUCCCGAGCGAUUCGGAUUCCUUGAAGACGAUUCAGCUCUUCGGGACUCUGUUACGGUACCUACACGUCAAGGAGAUCAAAUCCGUCGUCGAUUCGAUCUUAUCCGGUGUGUCUAGAGUUAUCUCUGUUGAUGACGCCCAGUUGUUUGAUCUAUUGCCUGUGUGCUUUGAUUUGUUGCGUAGAGAAGCUAAGGCUAGUGAGAUAGAUUACGUUAAUUCGGUUAUAGAUCGUGUUCUCACCUGUGAAUGGGAGAAAGGAUUUGUGACGAAAAUGGUAUCUCUUGCUAAGGAGUUAACGUUUGUGGACAAAGGGAGGAAGAGUGAGUUGCUGGAGAAAGUGUUUUUGGGUGUUAAGUGUAUAGACUUGCAGGACUUGCCUUCACUUGUGUACCAGUUGCUUGUUCUUGCUUCGAAGGGGUUUUGCAAGAGGGAGGUGAUUGGAGGAGUUGUUUGCUUUUUUGGGUCUAAAGCUGAGAGUAGAGUGGCGUCUGUACUUAGGCAGAUAGAAGGGACUGUUCUUCUUCACGUGAAUUUCGCGGUGAAGCAGGAUCCUUCGCUGGGGCAGGAGGUUGUGGCGUUGGUCAAGUCGGAUCUCAGGGCUUUUAAUCAUUUUACGGUAGCGGUUCUGUUUUCGGUUGCGAGGGUUAGAAAGUUCGGUGAGAAUUCUUUGGGGGUAUUGAGAACGGCUUUGCUUAGUGCGUACAACGAUUACAGACUCUCUAAAGAUUGCAAGUGGCUACCUGAUGAGCUGAAGGAAGAGAGUUUACUGCAUGCCAAAUUGGUUGAAAAAUCUUUGCUAAGAGCGGUUAGUGAGUGCAAAUAUGGGAGGGAGCAUGUGUUUCCGAGUGUUAUUCAAUUUGGUUUUAUGUUGCUAGAAUCUGUUGAAGAAGGUAGGUCCAACGAGUCUGGUGGUUCCAGUGGCGUACUGGGUAUUGAAAAGCUUAGUAUUCAGAUUCUGGGAACCCUAUUUGAAGUCCAUGAUAUGACAAGAAACGAGAUAAUUGAGCAAUGCAAGUUUCGCAUUCUUUCUUUGAAAUGCGCAAAGAGCAAGCCAAUAUUAAGGUUGUUAGGAUAUCUUGUCCAGAGAUACUCACUUAUCAUGUUGGAUUAUGUCCAUCAUCUCAAAGAAUUAUUGGAUUAUUUCACUUUCAUGGAGGGGAAUAUCAGCUGUUUUCUUGUUUCUGCUAUUAUCCCGCUCAUCAAAUUCAGCCGUGAUCUGCAGGAUUAUACCAUCUUGGUGAUUCGGAAGGCUAUGUUUAGACGAGAAGAUACAGUUCGUGUAUCUGCAACAAAGGUGAUAAUUGAACUUAUACUUGCAGAGAAACAAGCUAAGAAAGACAGCUCAUUUACUCUCCAAGACUCAUCAAGCCAAGCCAGCUCUAGUCAGCACAAUGAAGUGAGCUGCACUGUGAGGGGAAACCUCUUUACUGAACUGAAUGGGUUGCUUCAAAGAUGUCUUUACCAACAGGCAAAGGUGAAAGAAGUAGUUUAUGAUGGGCUGGUGAAGUUAGUCCUGAUUGAUCCAUCAAGUGGAGCACAUGUAUUGGACUUUCUUAUGCCUCACUUUCUUCGUUUCUUCAGACAGGACAUAGAUUUUCAGCUUGGAAUCACUUCGUGCAUUAAAGUAGAAGGUGGCAAAUUUAUUAUUGAAGAGCCCUUGGAUAGGCUUCUCUUUUGUAUCUCUUGGAUUUUACUCCUUCAACAGCACAACAACUCUGAUCGGCCUUCUGAUGCCACGUGGCCAUGUUUUGGUUUCGCACUUACUCAAGAAAAUGAGCAGGCAGGAAGAAAUGUAUCUCAUGAAGUGUACUCCAGUACUUUGUUGAAGGUCCGAAACUUUCUCCUAGGCAAAAAAUUAGGAGAUAUUGUUGGGCUGUCUCAGGACACAGUUUCCGCAUCUCUAGAAGAAGAUAAAAGAACAUCCUAUUGUCUGAUUAUAUUGGGGAUCGUUCAAGUGCUGCUAAAUUAUAUCAUAACGGAUCUAGAGAAACAGCCAGAAGGGAAGAAAGGUGAAAUUGAAAAGGAUAUUGUUGAUUUGGUUGAUCUUUAUGAAUCGCUGGAAAAGGAGGCGGGGAAAUCAAAACAGAGCAAUAUUGGCAAGAGAGUACGAUUCAGCUCUCGUAGUAAAUCUGAUGAUACUGGUGUGGGAUUCGUAAGUAUCAACGAAGAGCGAGAACAAGUUCCCUUUUUGUCUACUUCAAGUAUCUACCAGCUAUUUCUAAUCGCCUUCAAACUCCAUAGCAGCAAAUCAGCAUGUAAUCUUUCAGGUUCGCAGGAUGACAGCCAGUCAUCAUCAGCAAAGACAGAGAAGUCAAUAUCUGGAGUUUUGUCUUUCACUUUGCAUGUUUGUAUUGGACACAUAAGAUCAUCUCUUUGCAUGAAGGAGGAAAAUCCACUUAAACCGUUGGUCUAUGGUGACAUGAUAGUUCUGGGCCCUCCACUGAUGAAAGUAGUUUACCUGCUAAAGCCAGGACCACUUGUAGUAACCGGACAGACGAAUAAAGAGAAUAAAGGAAGGAAAGUUGCUGAAGGAAGAAAACAGUGUCUACAUCUGGCCUUGCUUAGCUUGAAGGAGCUGCUCAGUAUAUAUUCAAGUGGAUCUGGCUUGACUGGGUUGCUUGAGGAUUUGUUGGCAGUGCCUGCAUCCGACGAUGCUAUUUUAGAAGAGUGCAGCGAAGCUUCAAAAAUUGAAGAUCCACGUGUGAAGAACAUCGAAAUUUUCAUGGAAAAAAUCAUGAAGCCAAUGAUCACAGACCUUAUCGCCCAAAACUCUAAUGAUGUAGAGAUUCUUUGUGACAUAGUGUUGAUGCUUGGGAGCACUCUACCUGACAAAUUCAAACAACGGCAUGGAUCAUGGGCUCAUGAAAUCUUCAGAAGCUGUGAAACAUCUAACACCACUGUUGCAAAGAGCGUUUUAAAACUUGCCAUCUCUUUUACCACAUCUCCUGGUGAUCUAUGCAUAGCCGUAGAAGUAGCAAAGGAGUUGCAAAAUGUCAUCGGUUUAGACAAAUCUGAUACAUCACAAGUCUCCGAAUCAUACAUGAUCGUAAACCAGUCGACAAGUGCUUCAAUAACUUCUUGCAUAUUGCAAUUAGUUGACUCAGCUAUAGGUGACAUGGAUUGGGGCACAAAGAAGCUAAAGAAUUUGUAUGUGGCCUCUCAGAAGAACAUCCAUCUCAACCAUGAUGAUGAGAGUACAUUUUUAAUUGCUCUCGAAGAAGCCCUUUACGCAAUGGCUGAGUCAACAGUCAGGAUACUCUCUUCCUUUGUUUUGAUGAACCUCAAAGACUCACAAGCAGCACAGUUUCUCAGAUUAGCAGUUAAGUUUUACAAACAAUUAGCACAGAUUGUGAAACAGAGGAUUGCUCCCAAGGGUUGCAAGCAAACUCUUCCCAGCCUCAAGUUUCAAAAACUCGUUGAACUAACUUGCAAGAGCCUCACGGUUCCUUUAUACCCCUUUUUAGCUGAAAUGCAAAAGGAACAACAGGAAAGUGUGAGUUCCAAUUCCAAGGGUAUAAUCAACAAGAUCAGACAGGAGAACAAAUGCAUCCCUGAUUUGAUAUUCCAGAUAGAAGACUAUGAAAGAUACCUAAUACAGCUGAGCAAAGUUACUAAAUUGAAUUUGUUGAGGCAUGCCAAGCGCAGUACUGCUAGAGACUUCAAGAUAAUUGAAGAUGCAGAAGCUCCUGCUGGUGGUGAAGAUGGAGGAAACCAAGAAGAAACAGAGACACAGAACAAUAACGUUGGUGGUAAUGAGGAUGGUUUGGGAGAAGAGUCAGAAGAUGAUCGGGAACAAGCAUCACGGGACUUACAUUCUGAUAAAGCCAUAGCAGCAGAAGCGAAUGAUGUAGAAGAAGAAGAAAAAGGAGAAGAAGAAGAUGAAGAAGAAGAAGAAGGAAGUGGCUUAAGUCGUCCUAAAAAGAUAGCAAAGAAGAGUUCAGUCGUGGAAGAUUCUGAUGAAGAUUCUGUAACAUUUUAGGUUCAUGUUUGUAAAUGAAAACUUGGAAACUCAGAGAUGGUAGCUCUCCUUCAUCCAUGGCCGUUUAUACUAGCGCAAGCCUUGAUGUUUUAUGGCUGCUAGUGUGCACUGCAUGUCGUUUAUAUUGCUGAUUAAAAACAGAUAAAAAUUUAAAAUCGGUUUAAAGUCGUU